AUGGGAAACUCAAUAGGAGGGCUCAUUAUGUUUAACCAUCGAAAGAAAAAAACUAGCAUAAGCAUGAUCGGUGACCGGAAGAAUAAAGAAGACCAUCGGAUCACCUGCAUAAAAUAUUCCACAAAUGGAAAAUAUCUUUGUUACGGUCGCUCGGAUGGAUUGUUUCAGUUUGUAGACCCUUAUACCUUAACUCCAAUAGACAACAUAUCGUUCAAGUGGAACAAAUCGCCAGUUCAACACAUAACGUUUAGCGAUUCUUCGAAAAAAGACAAGGAGCCCCCCAAAAUUGUGAAAUCCAUGAAAACAGAAUCAUUUAAUGAACCUCAAUGCAUGACGAAAUCGACAAUCAAUACGCAGGAAUUCAAUUUUAUGAUUAGCGGAAAUGAUUUACGUUUAUCCUUGUGGGACAACAAUCGGUGCAUCUGUACCACUCAUGGAGUCAAUCUCGGAAGUCCUAUUCGAGUAAUGAAAGAGUCUCCCAAGUUCAACAAUGAUAUAUUUUUUUGCAAUGACACAGAUAUUGGCAUUAUACGACAGCCCAUCGAUGGAAACCCGUACAAGAACGCGGCAGUGCUCGGUUCUGGAACAAAAAUUAUCGAUAUUGGUGUUUCAAUGGAUAGCCUGUACAUCUUUAGUAUAAGCGAAAAUAGCCCUUCGAUGAUAAUCUGGUCUGUGAAUACGAACUAUUUAGAUAAAUUGGAGAAAUAUGGCGGUGUUGGAUUAAAAGCAUACAGUUAUCUUCUAGAAGGCGGAAGAAAUGGACCGGAAAUUUCAGAAUUAAAAGAAUAUUUUUCUUGUGUUCAAUUAGCAAACAGCCAAAAUCCAGAGACCACAGUUAUAAGAGAUUACGUGGACGUUUAUAACGUGUCUUUUCUCGUGAGAGCAAUGGGAUAUUUUCCGUCUGAAACAGAAUUGUCUAAUAUGCUAUACGAAAUGUUCAGUAGAGCAGGCCAUCCAACUACAAUGACAUUCGAAGAGUUUGUUAUUUUGUAUCUGAACCAUAAGCCACAAUUAAGAAUUAAAUGUAACGAAAUCCGUCUGUCGUUCAAUAAACUAAUGCAAAAUGACCAAUAUGUAAAUGCUUACGGAGAAAACAAGAUACUGACCAGAGAAUCGUUUGUACACAUGAUGACAAAUAUAGGUGAAAAAAUUAGUCCUCGUGAGUUAGAAAUUAUUUUGAACACAUUGCUAAAAACGACCAAAGACAUAUCGUCAAGUUCAAAUGAAAACGCGAACUUGGUUCAUUUGUCUCUGCCAUUCGUACGUACAUUUAUUUAA